AUGUCAGUUUGGAAUCAGCAACUCCACUUGUCUGUGAGGGAGGGAGACUCUGUAAGUGUGGACAGACUAGUGGGGGCAGGAGCUGAUAUAAAUCAUAUGUUCUAUGGAUGGACUCCUGUACAGCUGGCCAUCAACUUGUGCCAGGAAGAUAUUGCUGUUCUGCUUGUUAACAGAGGAUGUGAUAUCAAAGUUCGUGACAGGAAUAAUGUUUCACUGUUAGAGGACGCUGUAAACAAACAAUUAUGUAAGGUUGUGACAGCGUUACUAGAGAAAGGUGCAGACCCUGACCAACUUUUGACCAAUGCUCAAACUGCUUUGUGCCGGGCAGCUGUAUGGGAUAAUCAGCAGCUGACAAAAGCGUUGAUUUCAGGUAAGGCUUCUGUGAACUCUCGAUGUGAUAACGGAGAGGUGCCCUUGUUCAUAGCAGCCAGAGAGGGACAUGCACGUGUAGCUCAAAUUCUACUGGAGGCAGGGGCUGAUUGUAAUAUAGUAUGUAAGGAGGCAGGUCUACAGACACCACUUAUUGUAGCUGCUGCACAUGAUAAUACUGAUGUCAUCAGAGUCCUGCUGAAGUUUAACUGUGAUGUAAAUGUGCAGGACAGCGAUGGAUGGACAGCACUAUGGCAUGCAUAUAGCAACAGUAGUGCUGACAUCAUGAGGCUUCUGCUGAAAUCAGGGGCAGAUAAGAAUCUCACCAACGCAGAUGGACACACGAUCUUAGAUGAAGCUAAAUCAUCAGAAGAUGAAGAUAUGGUUGAAAUCUUACAGAAAUUUGGACAAUCUUGGACUUAA